AUGCAAAGGCUGAUAAAGAACAACGGCGAGUAUUCACAUUUGGUGUCGUGGUCGUCAUCAGGCGACUCGUUUCGUAUCCACGAUAAUUAUUUAUUCUCCCAAGUGGUCCUUCCGCGUUACUUUAGACACGACAAGUGGUCAAGCUUUGUCCGCCAACUUAACAUGUACGACUUCCACAAACUUCCUGAUUGCGAUCCAAGGGUAGAUACUUCUAGUAACGAUGUAUCAUCCGACGCUCAAUCAACGAUCAAAUCAUCUGUCUGCGACUUCAAGCACCAGUUUUUCCACCGCGAUCGAUUCGAUGAGCUCUACAAGAUCAAACGCAAACCCACACGAGACCAACGUCGCUACUAUUUCCAUUACGUCAACAUUGAUCAUAUGCCCGAUACCCAUUGA